AUGUCGAUCUAUCCUCUGUACAAGGAGAUUUUUCCGUCAACGGUGGUUGACAAAGUAGUUUGUGCCGCUUUUACCUCGCCUAGCGACGUUAAUGUAAUAGUUGCACGAACAUCCAUCUUGCAAAUUUAUAGAUUCAUCGAAGAUAUCGAGCUUAUUGCUGAAGAGAAUGCUGCGGAGGAUGAAAGCAACUUAACUCAAGAACUUGGUAAAGAUGACGAUCAGAAUUUCCUGUUUCCAACACUCAAACCGGCUGCAAACCCAUCAUCUUCAAAGACUGCACAUCUUGAACUAGUCGCACAAUAUAAACUUUUUGGUAACAUAGCCUCUAUGGGAGUUGUGCGAACGAUUUCCUCGGGCAUUAAUGGCAUGGAUAGUCUUUUAUUAAGUUUCAAGGAUGCGAAGGUAUCCCUUCUGGAAUGGUCAUUGGCAACAAAUAGUAUCGUUACAGUUUCAAUUCAUUAUUAUGAACGUGAGGAGUUUAAGACUGAAUUUCUGGCAAACACUUGCACAACUGAGUUAAAGGUUGAUCCUUCCAAUAGAUGUGCAGCUUUGAACUUUUAUGGUAAUAAAUUGGCAAUUCUUCCAUUCCGUCAGGAGGAUACUUCAAAUUUAUCUGAAGAAGAAAUCACUAAUAUCGCCAGUAAUUUACCAUAUUUGCAAAGUAUCGUUUUUGAUGUAUCUUCUAUUGAUUCACAAAUUAAAAUUAAGAAUGUUAUUGACAUGGAAUUUUUAUACGGAUGUCAUGAACCCACUUUGGCGAUACUUUUUGAAUCUUAUCAAACAUGGCCGGGCAAAUCGAAUUCAAUAAAAGACACAUGUUCAGUUAUUACAGUGACAUUAGACAUUUCUAAACAAAAAUACCCUGUCGUAUUUGCACGGGACACUUUACCACAAACUUGCUUAAAGUUAAUAUCAGUCCCAGACUCUAUGGGCGUUAUAAUAAUCACUUCUGAUGCCAUAAUUUAUAUUGAUGAUAGUUCAUUAGGAAUUGGAAUAGCUGUUAAUACUUAUGCAUCUUCAACAACAAGGUUCCCAUUAGAUAAAACAUAUGAAAAUCUUGGACUUGCCUUAGAAGGGUCUUGUCAUGUUAUUUUGGAUAAUAAGGACAUAUUGCUUUCUUUAAGCGAUGGCAACUUAUAUGUGAUCAAAUUGUUGGAAAAUGAAGAAACGGUGACGGGAAUUCGGUUUGAAGAAGCAGGCAAUAGUACAUUUCCGUCAUGCGCUUGCAAAUUUUCGAAAGGAUAUUUCAUUUUAGGCUCGAGGUUAGGUGAUACCCAUUUAAUUAAGUAUUAUUCUUCGAAAAAGGAUCAAGAGAAACAAAAUACGAACGGUGCAACAAACAACAAUAGACAACCGAUAAAUAACUCAAUGGAUGAUGUUAGAAAAUCUGCUACUAGUUCUCUUGAGAUGUCAGAUUAUAAAUUUAUAGUGUGUGAUACUCUUGUCAACGUUGGUCCUAUUGUAGAUAUGGCUUUUGGUGAAUUAGCUUAUCCGGAAGAAGAGUCUCAAUUACAUAUAAUACAAAAAAAUCUCGAAAUAGUAACUUGUUCUGGGUAUAAUGAGGAAUCAUCACUUUGUGUAUUUCAUAGAAAUGUAAACCCGAUCGUGAAUAAUUCUUUUCCAAUGGAAGAUUGUACAAAUAUAUGGACAGUUUCGUGUCGGGAUUCAAUGUUUGCAGGAAUUUCUAUGGAAAAUUCAGGAUCAAAGAUUGAUUCUAAUAAUGGAAUCAAUAGUGAUUUCUUUGAUAAAUAUCUUUUUAUUUCAAAGAAAGACAAAACGAUGGUUUUAGGAUGUGGUGAAGAAUUGCAAGAACUUCAACAAACAGAUUUUUAUACGGAUGGUCCAACAAUAAAUAUCGGAUGUUUGAUAAACAGAACGCGUAUUUUACAAGUAUACGAUCAUGGUCUUCGUUUUGUAGAUAAUGAAGGAAAACUUACACAAUUAAUUCCAAUCGAUGAAACAUUUGAAAAAGGCUUGGUUGUAUUUGCAAGUAUUGCGGAUCCAUAUGUGUUAUUGCUAUUUGAUAAUGGAGAUAUUGCAUUGAUGAAAGUAGAUGAAAGAACAAAAAACAUUGAAGCGUGUUCACAGCCCGAACGAAUUAAUGUUAUCCCGACAGUAUCUUGUUGUAUAUAUCGAGAUGAUUCAGAACUUUUUUCUCUUGUUAAAGAUGCAACCCCAAAAUCCUCUCUUUCAAAAUCAGAACAUCAAAGCAAAACAUCUACAUACUUUUCACCCAUGAAUUUGGAUGAUGAUGAAUUCGAUGAUUUAUGUAAAGGUUUUGAAACUCAGAAUUUAAAUGAAAGCAAAGAAAAUUCUAUGGAAAUAGAUGAGGAAGUUAAAUUAGAUGAAACGCCACAAGUUAUGGGUGAAGUUAAUGAAGAAAAUGUGAGCGGUAAAGUUGAAAAUGUGAAAGAAACAACUUAUUGGUGUGCGUUAUUUAAACAGGAUGGUUCUUUAGAGAUUUUUAAGCUUCCCGAAUUCGAAGAGGUUUUUCUUUUCCCACAUUUUGACUUGUCGCCAGCAGUUCUUGUCGAUUUUGCUUCCCGACAGAAUUUAAAUUCUACAUCACAAAAAUCCGAAAUAAAAGAAAUUUUAUUGAUAAAUCUUGGAAAAAGAUCGAAGGAACCUUAUUUAGUUGCGCGUACAAGUGUUGGAGAUAUAAUUAUAUAUAAAGCCUAUCAAUAUAUUCCCGGCAGCGAUGUAUUUGAUCCUUUUCAAAAAUCACAAUCACAAGCCGAAUUGUCUGAACGUCUUGCAAUACGAUUUUCGCGAGUUUCCCAGGAAUAUAUAUCACGCGAUACUAUCUAUAGUGAUAUACAUGAUAAACCCGUCUCUAAAAGAUCUACUCAACAAGAGCCUAGUAAAAAUGAUAUAGACCAAUUUGAUGAUGCAACAGAGAGACAAAAUUUUCGACUUGGGCAAAUAUCACGAAAAAUUAUACCCUUCUUAAAUGUUGGUGGAUAUAAUGGAAUUUUUGUAGCUGGUGUUAAACCUGCAUGGUUAUUAAUAGCAAAUAACAAUUUUUUGAGAUUGCAUCCUAUGAGUGCUGAUGGUGAAAUCAAAU